AUGAACACUGCUGGUGGGGUGUGUCUGUCUGUGCUGUCCUUCCUCCUGGCUCUGGCUGGGGCCCUGGCUGCUCUGUCUGCCCUCGCUACAGCUCCUCUCUCUGCCCUAGCUGAGGCUGCCCAUGGGGCUGCUGAUAGCAUUCUCAGCACUAGGGCAGACACGGGCCCCUCACCCAUCUCUUCUCCAUGCUCCAGCCUUGUAGCAGGGGUGCUCUAUGGCUCUUUCUCCCUAAAAGAGCUCUUUCCCACCAGAGCACCUGGUUGUUCGUGGUCCCUGGAAAAUCCAGAUCCCACAAAGUACUCCCUCUACCUCCGUUUCUCUCGUCAUCCUGUCAUCUGCCAGACACACUCCCCCAUGCUCCUUUCCCUUGACCAUCACCAGGCCAAUCAAAGUUGCUCCCUUCAUUUACAAACAGGCACAGCCAGAGAUCAGGAAGUCAUUGAUCUGUGUGGCAGCCACUCCAACUCAGACAGACCAUACUCCUUUCUUCAGUUUGACAAAAACUUUGUUCAGCUGUGUCUAACAAGACAUCCUGCUGCAGAUGAACCUCAGGUAACCAAGGAAUUGUUGGAGCAGAGGCUUGUUGAGGUGUUACUCAUAAAUAACGAGAACUCCAGUCAGUUCACAUGUGGUGUGCUCUGCCGGUGGUUUGAGGAGUGUUUGCGGACAGAACACAAUGGCGACUGGGAGGUUUCUGACGGGGAUGGUUGCGGGAUGACCCAAACAGGAUGUAUUUGCCCAAAUCACAACAUUAUGGCACCACCUAUUCCAUUACUCCCAGAGACACCACAUAGUUUCAGCAAUGGUUCACUGGUUCCUGAUGACUGCUGCGUGACUGAACUUCAUUCCAACGAUGCAAUCGCCAUAGCACCCAGAGAUGUCCGACAAGACCCAUAUGAUGAUGACCUGAAGGUGAAGACUCAAAGGCCACGAUCAGCUGACCUGCCAGGUGAUCCUUCAGCGGAGGAGUGGUCACCAUGGAGUGUGUGUUCCUUAACAUGUGGGCAAGGCUGGCAAGUGAGGACACGAUCAUGUGUUUCUUCUCCCUAUGGUACACUGUGCAGUGGUGCUUUGCGGGAAACGCGCAUGUGCAACAACACGGUGUCCUGUCCAGGAGAACCCGGAAUCAUAAGCUCAGUGGAGGGUCAGUGGUCGGAGUGGGGGGACUGGUCGAGGUGCAGCGUGACUUGUAACACGGGGACGCAGCUGAGGCAGAGACGCUGCAGUGCGUCGGUGCACGGCUGGGCCGAGUGUAAAGGGCCCCAUCAGGAGAGCAGAGACUGCACUAACCCGUCAUGCAGUGGUGGAGGGAACUGGGGCAGCUGGAACCACUGGAGUCUCUGCAGCAAGACAUGUGACUCUGGGCUGCAGCGACGCUUCAGGACGUGUGAGGGCAUCGGGACGCCCUGUGAGGGAUUGGAAGAGGAGGUUCGGCCCUGUAAUGAGAAAAAGUGUCCCGCUCUUCAUGAGAUAUGCAAAGAUGAGCAGCUCCUCUCCAUGUCGUGGAAGAGAGCCUCAGCUGGUGAAAUUGUCUACAACAAGUGUCCAACAAAUACUACUGCCGGUCAAAGCAGAUGCCACCUUGUCCAGAGCCUGGUCCUGCUAAAGGUUUCUUCCUCAUGA